GUCAAAUUCAAAUAGAGGUCGACGUCGAUGUAGAGCAGUCAUCAAAUCCAUUUAGCUGUGUAAGUAUGCUUAGUAAAGUUGUAUGAUGUAAAGCUAAAGUGAGGAUGGCUCCCUACGGGAAAAUUAAACGCACAUUCCUUAUUCCGGGAAAAAAUCUUCGUGGUCACAACCUCAACAUGGUGUUCCACUUCUUAACCAGACUCUGGUUUUUCUAGGUGAAGUGGCUCCACAAGGAAUACAGGCGCGUAAGGACGAUGCGAUCGACGCGGAAAAUGAAGCUCUCCUUCCUCUGUUUGCUGUUGCGAACGUCACGGGUUUCACCGGCAUUUGGAAUUUAUCGGCGCGAGCUCGAUCAAAGCAUCAAAGCUAGAACAAGAUUAUUGCGGCAAGAGGAGGACGAGGACCCCUAUCAUUGGCAGGUGGACGUCGAUCACGAUGACGAUCAUCAUCACGACCGUAAAAAUGACAAGGCGCAUCGGGUGAAGGACCGGGGUCAUGACGCCCCGCGACGCGCAUUGGCACCAAGCGCUGGUGCGGAUGGUGCGGCUCUCGUAUCCGCGACAGGCGAUGCAGUUUCGUUUUCAGGACCCGCUGGUACCGGGCCCGCAUCACGUCGUCCGAGUUUCGUACAACUACAAGAUGAACGAAGCCGUGCUUCUAUCCCGAAUUCGAAUUUUUCAUACAUGAUGGAAGAUUCGGAUGAUUCUCGUGGCGGAGUGCAUUUGGUUCCAUUUAACGUGUGGGCAGCCGUAGCGGCAGAAGGUACUGGCGGCCGCCCAAAACCGAAUUCCCCUGCAAACACGGACGUUCAGAACUCGACGGAAAUGAAGAAUUCUGACGACGCCGAAGAUGGCACAGGCGCGCCAAGCACAAAAGCAGCUGGAGCGUUCCUUAUGGUGAUCGGCUUCGGAGACGCCCAAGAUCCAGCAAAGAUUUCGUCAUCUUCAAGUGAUGGAAAUAGCACGAACGAAGCAGCUGGAGCUAUUCCAGCAGGUUCGCGCGAGAAACUGACGAAGUUUGCUGCACGAAACGACUUCGGGAGCAAGGGGCCCCACGCCAUUCACCAUUGCCCAGCCGUACUGAUUUCCCGUCGGGGCAUCGGACUCGAGACCUCCCUCGCGCGCUGUUUCAAGGCUCUCCUACAAAUGGUCAAGAAGCACGUCCACCACAUUCACACUUACGCAGAUGCGGGCCACGGUCACGGACCUAGGGUUGUAUCAAGAUCAAUCUCGACACCACUAUCCACUUCCACUCCGCAAGUAGGUGGUGAGAUCGAGAUCGACAAGCGGCAGGGCCUCGACCGCGGCGUCGCCUUUCCGGAGCUCGUUUUUGUCUUCGAAGACGACGCGAUAUGGUUGGCCGAGGAAGACGUCAACGACGUGAGCGAAGCCCUUCUCCAGUCUUGGCCGAAAGACACCAGCAUCGUCCUGCUUGGGGCGCAGGAGUACCUCCAAGCCCCAAGGCCGGGCCGGCAACGGGCGCGUCACCGGAGUCGAAACGUUUCGCUCGUUUCGCAAGAUGUCGCCACUGGCUUUGGGACGCGCUAUCGGCUAGCUCAAGUUGGAUUCUCGUUCGGCUCGUACGGCUGGGCGAUUCGCACGGCUGACCUUCCGGACUUCGUCUCCACCUUCCUCGACCCAUCACUCGCCAAGGCGGCCCGCGACCCGCACCUCAACCUUGCGAUUGACAACGACUGGUACCCGUGGGCGGCGAAGAGAGGAAAGACCGUACGACUUCUAUGUCCGGUCGUGGUCGGGCACCGUGCUUCGUGGUCCCUGACUCAAAAUAGUACACAAAAAGCCCUGACGAAGCGGGAAUGUCCGCAGUCGCUGCUUCAGCCAGUAGCGACCCCCUUCGCCACCGCCUUCAUGUCGAACACAGAAACAUCACCGGAGACAUCGCCAUUUGGCGCCAGAGCAGAGAACGAUAACGACGCGGAGGGCGUGACUCAGGAUGUUGUUGGUAAAAGUGCAAUGGAGAGAAUCUACGGCAGCCACUUUCGCGUGUCGACCCGGUAUCGUGACAUCAUGGAGCUGCACCAGGCCUUUCAUGCCUUCCUUGCUUCGCCACUUUUUGCAGAUGCCCUCGGCGGACAGACUUGCCCAUACGCCCUCGGGUUCGGCAGUCUUCUUGGUUACGAGCGGCAUCAGGGAGUUUCCCCCUACGCAAAUGACGGCGAUGUUUUCGUUCCCAGAUCAUUUUUUCGUGUGGUCGAGCGCGCAGCAGUGCAAGAUAAAGGCUUGUUUACGUCUGCGUCUGGAACGAGUUACGGUGGCACAAGCACGAGCGGAAAGAACGGCGUCAAAUUUGUUACCUUCUCGUUUUCGCAGAGAAGGAUGGAGGACCAGCCCCGUCUGGGAGAGUCACCAACCCAACACGUUUCUCAACCGGCGAAUAAAAGCAGCUUCCAAGAAGCGGAUUCCGCGCAGAGGGUCCCAGAUGAACGCUCGUCUCUAGCCGUUGCAGACGAGAAGGUGGCAGUCACGUACACCUCCGCGCCUGUAGAUUCUAUAGACGAAAUUCUUGCUGCUUCCGGCGCAAAGUACCUUCUACAUUUGAGCGACGAGAGCUGGACUUCUUACACCCAUCUUGCAAUCCAAAAGCAAUCCGCGCGAGAGCAGGUGAAGAAAGCACACGGCACCUGGGCCAUGCAGUGGGGCCCCCCGAUGGGGGGUCGCUUUGUGAUGCAGCACGACCCGAACAAAGAUGUGGCCGAGACGAGGGAAGGGAGUUCUCCGAUAGAAAUAACGGAGCGGAGCAAUCCCGAACUGCUACCGGACGGUUCAGGCGGAAAGCGAUACACCUACAUCGAUCUCGCUGUGUUGGACCCAACGUAUGGCGCACCGACACACAUAUCCUGCAAGGCGGGCUACAAAACUAGUCCAGAUGAAGCAGUCGGGUUCUCCCUUCUUGAACAACAAGAGCGGAGUAAUACACGGUGGUGCUGGACCGACUUAUGGACUGCGCUGACGGGGGAAGAAACUGCAACUGGUGAAAAGGCAGAGACUGCGAAGCAGAAAGACGGCGCUAACGCACAAGAAGAAGAUCUCUCAUCCGCCAUCAAGCAUUUUCCACCCACCCAGGAGGUCCUGCUGCACGAUGUCAGGAAGCAGGACACUGCAUCUCCGACCGCGCGGCUGCUCACGUCACGGGUGCGUGUUUUUGCAAAUUCUACCUUGCGCGACAACAUGCUGAAAGGGUGCUACGGCGAGAACUAUCUAACCCCCGACCACCUUUGGAAUCAGGAAUCGCAGCUCUGGAUGGUGGUGAAUAAUAAAUAAUCGUGAGAGGAUUAGGCCCUUUUCCUAUGGUUUGGCGUCACUUCUAUUAAAUAUGCAUUGCUCCGUAUGCCUCUGCACUCUUCCUUGAAGAUGAUCCUGUUCAUGUCGAUGUCUAUGUGUGUGAGUAAUGUUUUCUUUUAUCUUUUGUACAACAGGAAAAUUCUCGUAACCGUUGCCGCUUGCACCAAACUUUUGUAGGAUUUACGACUCGCGAGGCUGUCGUCUAUAGGACGUUAGAUGAUAAUGACCAGCAAAGGCAA